AGGAUUUCAGUUUUUUUUUUUCCUUCCUCUUUUCCUCUCCCUUCCACGGCGAAAUCCGCGAGGCGGGGCCGGAGCCCGGAGCGAUGGGGGCGGCGGAGUCCGUGCCGGAGACCUCCAUACACGAAUUCACCGUCAAGGAUUGCAACGGCAAGGAGGUGAGCCUGGGGAUGUACAAGGGGAAGGUGCUGCUCGUCGUCAACGUCGCCUCCAAAUGUGGGUUCACGGAGACCAAUUACACGCAGCUGACGGAGCUCUAUCAGAAAUACAGGGACACAGAUUUUGAGAUACUAGCAUUCCCCUGCAACCAGUUCUUGCGACAAGAGCCAGGAUCUGACCAACAGAUAAAGGACUUUGCUUGCACAAGAUUUAAAGCUGAAUAUCCAGUUUUUCAGAAGGUGCGUGUAAAUGGCCCAGAUGCUGCACCGGUUUACAAGUUCCUGAAAGCUAGCAAACCUGGCUUGUUUGGAUCUAGAAUAAAGUGGAACUUUACCAAAUUUCUUCUCGACAAGAAUGGUAAAGUCAUUGACAGAUACUCAACUGCGACCAAUCCAAUGUCAAUUGAGAAAGACAUCCAGAAGGCACUCGAGAACUAGAUCUCAUACCCUCCCCAUCCUUGAUUUGCAGAAGUAGGCAAAGUAUAUGGUAUUCUGGUUGUAAUAUCUAGAGACCUAUGGGAUGCUCAAUAGUUUUUUUUCUAAUGUUCCCCUCAUUCGUGUAUUGUAUUUGUGAUCUAUCUUUGUAAGUAGAGUUGGGUAGGCAGUACUGUUUCCUCUAUACUGGAUUUUUGUGGCUUGGCUUAAAACAACUGUUGAGAUUCCUGAGACAUAACAUGUACGAUCGACAAGAUGAAACUAUGUGCAGUGGACGGUAA